CAUCAUUGGCUAUAUAAUCUGUCAAUUUUGUUUUUAUUUUUUAUUCAUUAAGCAGUUUUCGUCUUCAUGCAUUUCAAACCCGAUUAUCAUUCUAAAUAACCUUUAAAAACAUUUUUUUUAAUUUUCUCAUGCAAAAAAUCUGAGAAUAUUUUUUCUUGAUGAACGAAUUUAAAAAAAACGAGUUGAUUCCUUUUCUUUAGAUUAGACGGCUGAUUUUUUCAGCGUUAAGUAGACUAAAUAAAAGGCUGAAAUAAUAAUUGAUCAGUAAUAAUUAACAGCGGUAAAAAGCCUCUCAGCGGUCUGUAUGUGUCUCCUGCAGGUCCUCAGUGCUCAGGUGUCCCGCGGCUCUCAUAAACGUGUCGUGGCUUCUCAUUAAACCUUGGCCCUUUGUGGGGACUCUGUGUUUAACAGGACACACUGAAACACUUUCUCUUUGAUGAGUCCAUCAAUUAGCAUCACAAUGCGCGUUCACGUGUCCGAGUGCAAAUAACAACAAGCUCCGGCACAAUCAGGAACACGGACACGGAGAAAGGAGGCACAUUUUAACCAGAUGCCCUGCAAUAAAUAACGGGCCCGGGCCCCCCAGCUGAGGGCCCGCAUUUACAUCUUCAAGUGCCCGCAAGGGGGUCCAUGGGGGCCCCACGGGGCCGGAGCGUGUCUGCGCAGGAAAGACGCACAAUAACGUUUAGGAAACUUUGUGAAAGAAAUGUAAAUGUGAGAGCGGCGUGUGCUCCGGCUGCAGGGUAUAUAAAGCUCCGGAGCAGAUCAGGGUCCACACACCGAGACCUGAUCCGCGUCCACACACCGAGUCCUGAUCCGCCCACAGAGCGCUGACAUGCAGCCACCAGCAGCCAAAGUCCCGCUCAGCCACCGGACCCCCUUCUCCGUGGAGGACAUCCUGGACCCCACAAAGUUCACCAGGAGAAACUUCUGCGUUCAGGAGGCAUCAGGAGUUUCUCCUCCCAGGAAUGACCCCAGAGAGCAGCAGCAUCCUGCAGCAGGUGGAGGCUGCAGCCCAGAGCAGGAGCAGGAGCAAGAGGAGGAGCAAGAGGAGGAGCAGGAGGAGGAACAGGUGGAGGAGGCUCUGUGUCCGGGGAAGCGUCAGAGGUCGAAGUCUAAAAGCCGGCGGAUCCGCACGGCGUUCAGCCUGCAGCAGCUGCAGGUGCUGGAGCUCAGCUUCCACAGGAGCCACUACCUGUCGGUGGUGGAGCGCCACAGCAUCGCCUCGGCCCUGCGCCUCUCCGAGACCCAGGUCAAGAUCUGGUUCCAGAACCGCCGCACCAAGUGGAAGAAGGAGCGUGUGCAGGGUCAGGAGGAGCAGCAGCAGCACCCCGGGGUCUCCUCUCCCCACCACCUCCUCCCCUACAGGCCGCUGUGCUGCCCGCAGCGCGCUCACAUCCAGAUGUUCCCACAGCUGCAGCUGCUGCACCACUACUACACCUGAUGACAGGAGGAGCACCAAACAGACUCACAGCAGCAAAUAUGGCACUAAUAUUAAUAUUCAGGACAGCUUAAAGUGCCAAACUGGACAAAUAUUUUAAUGUAAUUAUGCUAUAACUUAUUUUCAUAAACAUUUUUAUUGAAGUUGUUUCUUGUUUCUUAAAAUAUAUUGGCUUAUUGAUUCAUUCUGAGCCAGAAAUGAUACAUUUGACUGAUUUUUAAGUUAAAAUAACUUGUUGCAACAAAGAAUUCUGUGCACAAAUCUCCAUAUCUCUAUAUUAAUAUUCAGGAGAGUUUAUAGUGUCAAACAGGACUGAGUUUACAAAUAUUUUUUAAUGUAAUUAUGUCAUAACUUAUUUUCAUAAAAAAAUGUAUUGAAGUUGCUUUUGUUUGCUUCUUGUUUCUUCUUAAUAUAACAACUUAUUGACCCUCACAGAGCCAGAAAAGAAACAUUUGACUGUUUUUAAAUCAAAAUAACUUGUUGAAACAUGUACAAUUGUGAGCAUA